AUGGUAGUGGCCGAGGGUGCCGGUAGUGAUAAUUGGUGGUACACGGUAACUGGUGGCAGUGGCUGCCCUGGUUUGAUCCUCUUUGGCUUAUGCGGCAAUGCAAGAACUAUGCGACCAUUUCGUGCUACCCACAUGGAUGGCAAAACUCUUUACAAAAAUAGAUACUCAUUUACAAAAAUAGAUACUCAUGGAAUUAUGAUUGGGAAUGCAGUGAUUAAUGACAAAACUGAUAAUAUAGGAAUGUAUGACUACUUCGUUGGACAUGCCCUAGUUUCAAAUGAGGCUGUCAACAAUAUUAAGAAGCAUUCUGACUUCUCCCCCAAUGCCACAACUCAGUCUGCUAUUUGCAUUUCAGCUAAUAAUCAAAUUGAAAGAGACAUUUCUUAUCUUGAUAUAUACAAUAUUUAUGCUCCUCUUUGCUUCAGUCCAACUACCACAGCCAAACCCAAGAUUGCUUCAUGCAAGAUAGCUAAUGUAACAAAAACUUUAAACAUGAUUGGGAGCCCUGCAGUGAACGUCAUCAGCCGAUGGAUUCAGCCAAUGGUUGGAGGAUAUACACAGGUUUACAAGGGAGAUUUAACAUUUGCUACAGUUAGAGGGGCAGGGAUAAUUGAUUCUAUUAUUACUAUAAAUCAAGAAAAUGGAAAAGAUAAAGAAAAAGAUAGGAUCAAAAGAUUGCCUGGCCAACCUCAAGUUAAGUUUUCACAAUAUGGAGGUUAUGUUACUGUGGAUAAAUUAGCUGCAAAAGCUUUAUAUUAUUAUUUUGCUGAAGCUAAAGAAAGUUCUAAGAACUCUUUGCCUCUUCUUCUGUGGCUAAAUGGAGGCGCCCAUGGUUGUUCAUCUUUGGCUUAUGGGUUGAUGCAAGAGCUUGGACCAUUUCGAGUAUAUAGUGAUGGCAAAAACACUUUACAAGGAACAGAAUUUUCAUGGUUUUCAGUUGCAAAUGUUCUGUUUCUGGAGUCUCCUGUUGGAGUAGGCUUUUCAUACUCUAACAGAACAUCAGAUUAUAAGAAUUCUGGUGAUAGACAUACAGCAACAGAAAAUUAUUUGUUUUUGGUAAAUUGGCUUGAAAGAUUUCCUGAAUAUAAAGCAAGAGAUUUCUACAUUUCUGGAGAAAGCUAUGCAGGCCAUUAUGUUCCUCAGCUUGCACAUACCAUCCUUUACUACAACAGGAAGGCCAACAAAACCAUUAUCAACCUCAAAGGAAUUGCAAUUGGAAAUGCCGUGAUAAAUGAUGAAACAGAUACUCUAGGCAUGUAUACUUUCUUUACAACCCAUGUUUUAUCUUCACCAAAAACACUGCAAAACAUAAAAAAACACUGUAAUUUCUCACCUAAGUAUAUCAACCAUCCAUCCAAAGAGUGCAGAGCAGCUACUGAGAAGGCUGACAAAUAUUCUCAAGCUGUUGACAUUUAUAACAUUUAUGCUCCUUUGUGCUUUGAUGAGAAUAUCACAGCUAUCACAGCUCACCCCAAGAAGGCUUCACUGGAUAAUUUUGAUCCAUGCAGUGACUAUUAUGUGCAUGCAUAUUUCAAUAGGGCUGAUGUGCAAGAAGCUUUGCAUGCCAAUGUCACUAAGCUUGAUCAUGAUUGGGAACCAUGUAGUGAUAUUAUUGAUAGGUGGACAGAUAGCCCUUCAACAAUUCUUCCCUUGCUCAAGGAGUUCAAGGAGUUCAUGGAAAAUGGAGUAAGGAUCUUGGUUUAUAGUGGUGAUACGGAUGGAAGAGUACCUGUUACUUCUACUCAAUACUCACUGGCAAAGUUGAAGCUUCCUAUUAAAACUGAAUGGUACCCUUGGUACCUUAAUGGGGAGGUUGGUGGGUAUACUGAGAUUUAUAAAGAAGACCUUACUUUUGCUACUGUGAGAGGGGCUGGACACGAAGUGCCUGCCUUCCAGCCUGCAAGAGCACUCUCACUUAUUCACCACUUUCUUCUUGGCAAACCUCUUCCAAAAAUUUCAUAAU